AUGUUCUCCAUACCUAUCGCUUUCAUUCUUUGGCUGUUAUUGUCGCCAUUCUCACAGGCUGUCAUGACUACUCAACGUAUCACUACAGUAGAUGCUGCCGGGCUACCAAUAACACAAACGACCAUCUUUGAUCCAGCCACAGUUACCGCUAAUGCAGUCACCACCGUCAUUACUACUACAAAUGCUGCAGGUGCAACGAUAAAGAUAACGACCACUGCAGCUGCUACCGCUGUGGCAGCCGUCGCAGCUGCUGCCGCCACCACAAAACCAGUGAAAACUAUUACUACUGUCGACGCUGCAGGUUUACCCAUUACAAUUACCACCACUGGUACUGCUGCAGCCGCAGCUGCAGCCACUAAGGCAACCGCAAUCACUCCCAUUACUACUAUCUUAACAUCUACAAACGCAGUUGGUGGACUAGUCCCUUACACAACAGUAGUGACUCCAGUACAAUCAUUAAUCGUGACAACAAAUGCUGCAGGUGCUCCUGUGACUUUAACUACUACUAUUAUCCCUGGUGCAUCUAAUACCGCUGCUACUGCUGUUGCUAGUGAACCUACUCCAGUGGUCACAGUGGUCGUUACCACCAAUGAUUUGGGUAUUACUGUCACUUUAACAAAUACUUAUUCACCCAUAUACAUGACUUAUACCACUGCUGAUGAUGCCGGUGCAUUAGAAACAAUCACUACCAUCACAACACCAGGUGUCGCACCAACUACAGGUACUACACUCAAGGCUACAGCAAGUGCAAAUAUGGUCACCAAGACUAUUACCACCGUGAAUGCAGCAGGCGCCAAGACAACCAUAGUAACAGUGGUACCAGCUUCAAGUACGACAACAAAGGCAGCAGCUGCGGUGGCUGAAAAUGGGAGACCAGAUCCAUCUACUGCGUUUACUGCACCUCCUGCUACACCAGUUACCACACUAUCAUUAGAAACUUUAUUAACUAUUACCGAGGGAACAAUAACCACUUACACAACUACAAGAGCAAGAACUUCAAACAUGUGGGUAACUGUUACAAUCGAUGGAUUGGUUACUGCCGUGCAGACAACAUUUGCUCAAAGAUUCGCUUCAAGAUACAGUGUCGUGGCUACACCAGCGUCUGGUAGUAUUGGGUUGGGAUCUCUCUCUGGUACCAUCGGUGUAGUGAAAACGGAUAUGCAAUCAACAAUGACUUUAAAUAAUGCAAUAAACUCCUUCUCAGUAUCAACUAUGGGGGCUUUCAUAGCAUUAUUAUCUUGGUUAUUGUAA